UGCACCAAUCAGAAUGUGUGAAGCUGAGCUUGACGCACUAUUUUCGGGAAUAGGGACGUUACUUGACAGGAAGGGUUAGCUAGAAAGAUUAUGUAUGUACUUUCGACCAGAAGGGAAAGAAACUCGUCGGGCAAAAACAAAUUCGUUUGGAAUAUUGACAUGACUAAGGAUAUUUUCCUGUCAAGAUCAACUCAGUCUUUAUAGUUUCACAACGGAUAAUUAUAUUCUGGAUCUACGAACAGAACGAUACGGAAGUAAACUUGCCAUCUGGCUAGCUUGCUAACGGCUAGAGUCUGGAUGCCAAGUCUGGGGGUGAUGGAGCUGGGCAGGCAACUGUGUGGGAAGAUGAGGAGGCCGAGGAGGGCCGAGGGCCCCGUCACUGUGCCCAUGAGAGGUCUGGAGAUUCAUUUCUACCUACCAGAUAUUCACCCGCUGCUGUUCCUCAAAGACAGCUUCACCGCUGAGGAGCUGUGUGUGGAGGCCGCCAAAAGAUGCUAUAUCUCCCCCCUGUGCUGUAAUCUGUUUGGUCUGUAUGAUGAGAACCAACAGCUGUGGUACGCCCCCAACCACGUCAUCAAGGUUACUGACGAGACCUGCAUCAAGCUGCACUACCGCAUGAGGUUUUACUUCACUAACUGGCAUGGUACCAGUGAGCGUGAGUCUCCAGUGUGGAGACACUGUAUCAGUAAGCUGAGGGGAGGUCUCGGCCCACAGAGGGCCCCUGAAGGUAUACCCCUACUGGACGCGGCCUCCCUUGACUACCUGUUCGCCCAGGGCCAGAAUGAUUUCCAGAAGGGUCUGGCUGUGGUUCGUUGCCCCCAGAGUGAGGCAGAGCAGCAUGAGAUAGAGAAUGAGUGCCUGGGCAUGGCUGUACUGGCCAUCACUCACUAUGCUAUGACCAGAGAGAUUCCCCUGUCUACUGCCUCCAAUGAGAUCAGCUACAAGCGUUUCAUCCCGGAGAAACUGAACAGGCAAAUCAAACAGCGGAACAUUCUCACCCGGCUCCGCAUCAACAACGUCUUCAAGAACUUCCUGAAUGAGUUCAACAGUCGCACUGUUCAGGACAGUAACAUCACACUCUACGACCUGAAGAUCAAGUACCUGUCCACCCUGGAAAGCCUGACCCGGGGCCUGGGGAGGGAGAUGCUGGAGCCCAGGGCCCUGGUAGUUACCCAAGAGGUGGAGACCAAUGGGGGGCUGAGCGACGGGCCUGAGUCUUCCCUGGCCAUGGAGGUCCAGGUUACUGGCACCACAGGGAUAUCAUACAGGAGGAAGCCCCCUAAUAAUACCUUGAUCCUGAAAGAGAAGAACAAGUCCAAAAAGAACAAGUUUGAGGGUAAACAGACCAAGCCCAAGAAGAAAGACACCAGCGACGGCUGGGUGACAUUCUGUGACUUCCACGAGAUCACACACAUUGUCAUCAAAGAGUCCACUGUCACCAUCUUCAGACAGGAUAACAAGAAGAUGGAGGUGCAGCUGGAGUUUAAAGGAGAGGCGUUGGCGUUCGCUGCCCUGGUGGAUGGGUACUUCCGUCUAACGGUAGAUGCCCACCACUACCUGUGUACAGAGGUUGCCCCUUCCUCUGUGGUGCAGAACCUACAGAACUGCUGUCAUGGACCUAUCUGUACAGAGUAUGCCAACCAGAAGCUUCGUCAGGAGGGCAACGAGGAGGGAACCUACGUCCUGCGCUGGUCCUGUACUGACUACCAUUACAUCAUCAUGACCGUGGUCUGCAGCGAGUUGGAUCUGUGUGAGUCGAGACAGGUGCGUCAGUAUAAGAACUUCCAGAUCGAGGUGGGUUCAGAGGGUUUUCGUCUGUAUGGGACAGAGACCUACAGGUCAUCUCUCAGAGAGCUGCUAGACCACCUGUCUGGACAGAACCUCCGUACGGACAACCUCCGCUUCCAACUCAGCCGCUGCUGCCCCCCACAGCCCAGAGAGGUGUCCAACCUGCUGGUGGUAACUAAGGACAGAGUGCUGGUCCCCCAGACAACCCUGCAGGAGAGUCAACUCAGCUUCCACAGGAUUCUCAAGGAGGAGAUCAUGCAGGGAGAGCACCUGGGGCUGGGUACCCGGACCAACAUCUAUGCUGGAGUACUGAAGGUGAAGAGUGAGGAGGAUGCAGGAUACUACCCCUCUCAGGAGCUCAAAGUAGUGCUGAAGGUGUUGGGGUCCGGACACAGAGACAUCUCCCUGGCCUUCUUUGAGACAGCCAGUAUGAUGCGGCAGGUCUCCCAUAAGCACAUCGCCCUGCUCUAUGGAGUCUGUGUACGACACCUUGAGAAUAUCAUGGUGGAGGAGUUUGUCCAGUUAGGUCCGUUGGAUGUGUUCAUGCGGAGACAACGCAGUCCUCUCAGUACACCAUGGAAGUUCCAGGUGGCCAAACAACUGGCCAGCGCUCUCAGCUACCUGGAGGAUAAGAAGCUAGUGCAUGGCUUUGUGUGUACCAAGAACAUCCUGCUAGCCAGAGACGGAGUGGACAGUGAGGGCGGACCCUUCAUCAAACUCAGCGACCCCGGCAUACCCAUCACUGUGUUGACCAGAGAGGAGUGUGUGGACCGGAUCCCCUGGAUUGCUCCAGAGUGUGUGAAGGACUCUGCCAACCUGAGUGUAGCGGCUGAUAAGUGGGGCUUUGGCACAACACUGUGGGAGAUCUGCUAUGACGGAGAAGUACCCCUCAAAGACAAGAAACUCACAGAGAAAGAGAGGUUCUAUGCAGCAGAGUGUCAGUUAGCUACUCCAGACUGCAAAGAGCUGGCUGAACUGAUGACCCAUUGUAUGACCUUCGACCCCCGCAAACGCCCGUUCUUCAGGGCCAUCGUCAGAGACAUAGACACCCUGGAGGAACAGAACCCCUCUAUCAAGCCUGUACCCACUCUGGAGGUCGACCCCACUGUGUUCGAGAAGAGGUUCCUCAAGAAGAUUAGAGAUUUAGGAGAGGGUCACUUUGGCAAGGUGGAGCUGUGUCGGUAUGACCCAAGAGGGGACCGGACAGGGGAGCUGGUAGCAGUGAAGAGUUUAAAGCCAGAGAACAGAGAGGAACAGAGCAGCAACCUCUGGUGUGAGAUAGGAAUCCUUAAAGAACUUUACCACCACAACAUUGUCAAGUACAAAGGCAUCUGUCAGGAGGAGGGAGGCAGAGCCAUCAAGUUGAUCAUGGAGUACCUGCCUGCUGGCAGUCUGAAGGAGUACCUCCCCCGCAACAAAAGCCAGACCAGCCUGAAGACCCUGCUCAGUUACGCUGUCCAGAUCUGUCAGGGAAUGGACUAUCUGGGAUCUCGGAAUUACAUCCACCGGGAUCUGGCGGCCCGGAACGUUCUGGUGGAGAACGAGAGCACGGUGAAGAUCGGAGAUUUCGGACUCACCAAGAGCAUCAAGGACAACGAGGGAUAUUACACGGUCAAAGAUGACCUGGACAGCCCUGUGUUCUGGUACGCCCCAGAGUGUCUGGUCCACUGUAAGUUCUACCUGGCCUCUGAUGUCUGGUCCUUCGGUGUCACGAUGUAUGAACUACUCACCUACUGUGACUCUGCCAUCAGCCCCAUGACGGUGUUCUUGAAGAUGAUUGGUCCCACUCAGGGUCAGAUGACUGUGACGCGAUUGGUCAAGGCGCUGGAGGAGGGGAAAAGGCUGCCCCGCCCUGAGAGCUGUCCUGGAACGGUGUAUGAGCUGAUGAGGAAGUGUUGGGAGAGCACCCCCGACAGGAGGAUCACCUUCAAGAGCCUCAUCGACGAGUUCACCCGCAUGCUUGCCAACAACAGCUUGUAAUCACAGCAACCACCCUCUACGCAAAGCCUUACCUACCACUGAUACAAUCCCAGGGGUCAAGGGAGAAAGGUUAAGGGCCACAGACUAUGGUGACCUGGACCAAAAAAACAACGAAAUCAGUGCUGCUGCAACACACUUUCUUUCACGUUGUUGUUGACAUCCUCUAUAUUUACACUUCUGUUUUUUCCCAGAGAGAUAUUAUACUAGAGAUAUCAACUAUAUGGAUGAAUACAUACAUAGCAUAUGGAAUGAAACAUGUCCGAACACAUAGCUUUGACAUCUUGCUGAAUGUGACACUGAGCUGUGUACACCUCUGUCACCUGGGGCCCACCAUUCAGUCUGACCUUUCACCUUUUAUCAAAAUGUAUCAGCUCUGCCUUUUUCAUAUUGCCAUGUAUGUAUGGACCUGUAUCCUUAUAAUCAUUUCUAAAAUGAAGAAAAGCGUUGAAGAAAAAGAGGGAGAGAGGCCCUCGAUUGGACCUGUGCAAGAUGGACUCUGGAAAAGGAUUGCUACGGCCACUGUGAAGAUGACACAGUGACAAAGCCAACAACAUGUUAGUGAACAGGAUUCUGACCAUGGACUGUGACUGCAUGAGGCCACCUCCCAGUGAGUGGUGACAGACGUGUAGGAUAUAGGAUACUGGUGAAACAUCAAAUCACAUUUUAUUCUGCACAUUCUUCGUAAACAGGUGUAGACAGGCCCUUCCCAACAAUGCAGAGAGAUAGAAAAUAGAGAAAUAAAACAUGUAAUAAUAAAUACACAAUGAGUAAUGAUGUAUGGGAUAUAGUAUACUGUUAGCAGUGGGUUGGAUUGGGAUGAAGGAUACUGUUUACAUUGAAGGGAGGAGGAUGGGAAAGUAGUACCUGUGAUGGACAAUGGAGGGCAGUAAAGCUUUACAUAAACUUUACUGUAAAACGCUCAUAUUUCAAAACAGCUUCUUAAGUACAGCCAUAAUGUGUAUGUUCAAUAUUUCAUGUCUUUAUUUGAAUAUAUAAUAAAUCAUAUUGGGGGUGUGAGGACAGAAGGAAGGAGAUGAAAGAACAGAGCCUUAAAAAGGUGUUAUUUGAGACCGUCUAAAAGGGUAAACCACAGAAAUAGAAUUAGCGGAACAGACAUUGUUAUAUCUCAUGAAAUGCAUAUGCCAGUAAGGUCUACAGCACGUACAGCAGUGGAGGCUGGUGGGAGGAGCUAUAGGAGGAUGGGCACAUUGUAAUGGCUGGAAUUGAAUAAAUGGAACAGUAUCAAACACAUCAAAGAUAUGGAAACCACGUUUGACUCCGUUCCAUUAAUUCCAUUGCAGACAUUACAAUGAGCCCAUCCUCCUAUGGCUCCUCCCACCAGCCUCCACUGACUUACAGGUAUCUUUACCGUAGGCAAACAAACAGUUAAAGGGAAAACGUGAUAUUGAGAACGUAUGUAAAGAAGGUGCUGGACAGACAAUGUGUGGAUGAGAUAGUCAAUGUAAGAAGAAGACAACACAGAAUAGUUUUUUCAGUUACAAUCCAUGUUUAUUCUGGAAUGUAAAAGACAAUUCCUUCUGCUCAUAAAGAAGAGAAAACAAAUACAUUUUUUCAGAGGAAUAAGACAAAGAAAUAAUGACUGACGGAAACAUUUACAUAAAUACACAUUAAAAUAAAUAAAACCUAAAAUGC